ACGCUCCACGAGUUCCACUAUACAUGACCCCGUGGAGUCAUUCACGCCAGCCUUCCUGUCCAUAUGAGCAGACGACAGUUGACGGUCACGUGACAUUCCAAUGAUUCAAAGGUGGGGCCUGUGUCAGUGAAAAGCUGGCGUUUGUGAGAAGUGAAACGUUACGUACAGAGUGAAUACAUGGUGGUUGUUUCAAGGUAGCUUCACUAUGGCGUCCAGAUCACGGACCAACAUCUCUAAUGGCGUCUUCUCCGGACUGAUGAUAUUUUUUGGUAUCGCGUUCGCCCUGCUCGUCUAUUUCCUCUUUCACACCAUAUCGCUGUCGACCUUCGACUACACGGGGCUCCAGGUUCGAACCGCCGACUUUAGAGGUCAUGCCUACCUUGCAUCUUCAUCCAUGUGGGCCAUUGGUUUUAUUUACAUGAUCCCGGGAGUGGUGGGCGUCGUAUCCACAGUCCUCCGGUUCAAAUGGCUUUAUAUCAUCCAGCUGGUACUCUGUGUCCUGACUCUUCUCGCCAUGACUGGAGUAUUCAUCGCCAGUGUCAUUCUGGUGCAUUACUACACAGCUGAGUAUGAUACGACAGGAUGCCAGACCAUUUACGGCACGUGUGUGUGCAGUACAGUCCUCUACAGCAGCCUGAACUAUACGUGUCUGGACAUCGACAUCAUACGCUCCACCGCAAUCGGCAGCGUGGUCAUGAUAGUCUUUGGCUGGCUGUGUACCCUGGCGGCCACCAUCUUGGGUGGGAUGCUUUCCUUCUUCCUUGAGGACUUCAAAUCGAGUUCCAGCAUAUCCAAAUCCCGGAGUAAAGAGGACUUCAAAUCAAGUUCCAGCAUAUCCAAAUCUCGAAGCCAAGAGGUUUACAUGACCAACCUGGCCUACGAUGAAGAUCGGAAUUCUCAACAAGAGCCAUAUUCCCGUCGAUAUCAUUCAAAAGCUUAGCCCAAAACGCACGAUUUGCGUUAUUGUUGGGUACUGUUGAAGAUCCCGGUAUCACCAUUCUUGUCUCUCACUGGAAAAUCCAUGGUAGAAUAGGUCCCCAGCUCCUGUAUAAGGAACGGACGUACAUUGUAAUUGGAUACAGCUGGUUAUGAGUGGGGCAUAGAGACAACACUUCAUAGUGCAAACAUAGAGAAUGUCACCCGAGUGUCUUUUCAUAUCCAAUAUAUCAACAUGAGUCACUAACAGUUUAAAACUGCGAGGCCUGCUAAGGAAUUAUAACCUUUUGUUGACAGUUUGACGUGAGGGUAAAAUUCUAUUUAUCAUCUAAAAUCAUUCUUCCAACUUUUUCAUUUUGUAAACAGUAACAACCAGUUUCUUUAGUGUAAAAGUAUAACUGACAAGUUUCAGUGGCUGAGAGAUUAGUGAUGUCAUUUGUUUGUAAUGUCAUUGUUUUAGAUAAUAACAUCCCACCUAUCAUGUCAAUCGAAAUCUGGCUGCCACAUUUUCAUAUCCACACAUUGUUAUUCGGCUAACUUGGAUCGAAGCAAAAUGAACGGUUCUCACGCGAAUAUGCCCCUAAUACCUUAUUGUCCUUACCUUGACUAACCGCAAAGCUAAAAGUUGAAGGUAACCGCAAUACCUUUACACCAAACUCCAUCGCUUGGCAGCCUGAGGACGAACAACCGUCGAAUUAAGAAAUAAACGAUACGUGGUCGUUGGUUUCGUACAAUCAAACACUGCAGUGUUUGAUUGUACGAUAAACAACGCGUGUUCAUUCUCCUUGCAGUGUUUUAUCGUACGGUAACCAACGACCAUGAGUCGUUUAUUUCUAAAAUGAGAUAUCAACAUCAUGUACAGCCUCUUUAAGGAUGUUGAUAAAAUGUACAAGUGUAUUUACCUCAAUAUUGAUAAUGAUGAUUUCCUGAAUAGAGUCCGAAUGUGUAAAUAAUGCAUAGAAAUGGAGUUUAAAAGAGUGUUCUUGUUCCUGACACAAACUUUCGAAAAUGACAUCGUCCACACCACAGACUACAAACCUGGAAUACUAACACUCAAAAUGCUGUGAUCUUUUUUUAUUUCAUUGUAUUUACUCCUCCAUUAAAAUGAUUUUUUCAAAA